UGUAGAGCAGCGGUAGAGAUUUCCUCUUUGAAUUGCUGCAGCCGGUGUGAAUCGUUUUCUCAGACUCGCAGCUUACCUGCUUUCUAAAUUAACAUCCUCACAAACCGCGAGCUUUUGCAUUUGUUCUCUAAUACCAUCUAGUCCAUAAUGGUAACUGCAGUUCUUGCUCUACAGUUUUUACGCGUUGGAACCUUGGGGGGAAAACUAAAACUUCUGCUUUCUCGUGUUUUUUAUUGCCGUUACAGUUAAAUAUCAUGCGAGCUUAUGUUGCUUGGAUCCUCUUGUAUGGAGUUACAGCAGGAACUUCUUUCAACAUCUCGGAGGAGAAGACUAACUGCCCCCUUGGCUAUUUUCCUUGUGGCAACAUGAGCGUGUGCCUUCCCCAGCUGCUGCACUGUAACGGUGUGAAUGACUGUGGUAAUGAAGCAGAUGAGGAAAACUGUGGAGAUAACAACGGAUGGCCCCAUCUAUUUGACAAGUAUUUUGGGAUGCCAAACUUGGACAUGGGGACCAAGUCUGAUAAAUGCUUGCUGGGAGCUGUUCCAGAGCCAUGCCAGUGCAGAGACCUAGAACUGGACUGUGACAACGCUCAGUUUCACCAUGUCCCCGAAGUGUCCACUAACGUCACCAUGAUGUCCCUGCAAAGAAACCGACUCCGGAAACUGAAUUCCAACAUAUUUUAUAACUACCAGAGUCUUCAGAAACUUUAUCUACAACACAACAGAAUUCGUGCUGUGAGCCCUCAUGCAUUCAGAGGACUGUACAAUCUAACAAGACUCUAUUUAAGCUACAACAAGAUAUCCAUCCUGAUGCCUGGGGUGUUUCAAGAUCUAAACAAACUGGAGUGGCUGAUCCUUGAGAACAACAGCAUACACCAGAUCUCACCCACCACUUUUUCAGGCUUGCACUCGCUGGUCCUCUUGGUUUUGUUGAACAAUGCUUUGACGAGGUUGGAUGACAUCUGCCUGGAAAUGCCAAAACUAAACUGGCUAGACAUGGAGGGAAAUCGGAUUGAAAGUGUCGGAAAUGUGACGUUCUGGUCCUGCAACGUGAUGACUGUGCUUGUCCUACAGAGUAACAGAAUCAGUCACAUACACGAACAGGCGUUCUCUUUUCUACAAAAACUUGGAGAAUUAGAUUUGUCAAGCAACAGACUUGAGACAAUUCCUCCUAAUCUCUUUGUUCGUCUUGAAGAUUUACUGCAGCUGAACAUCUCAUAUAACCCCAUAAUGGAUCUCCAAGUGGACCACUUUGAUAAACUGCAUAAAUUGAAAUCAUUGAGCAUAGAGGGAAUUGAAAUUGCAAACAUACAAAGAAGGAUGUUCGAACCACUCAAGUACUUGACCCAUAUCUACUUUAAGAAGUUCCAGUACUGCGGCUAUGCCCCUCACGUGCGCAGCUGUAAGCCAAACACUGACGGCAUCUCGUCCUUCGAGGACCUCCUGGCCAACAUCGUCCUGAGGGUCUUCGUCUGGGUGGUGUCGGCCACCACGUGCUUUGGAAACAUCUUUGUCAUCUGCAUGCGGUCCUACAUCCGGUCGGAGAACAAGCUACAUGCCAUGUGUAUCAUCUCCCUCUGCUGUGCCGACGGCUUGAUGGGUGUUUACCUCUUCAUGAUCGGCGCUUACGACCUCAAGUUCCGUGGGGAGUACAACCGCCACGCCCAGGCCUGGAUGGACAGCGUCCACUGUCAGGUGAUCGGCUCCCUCGCCAUGCUCUCCACCGAGGUCUCUGUGCUCCUUCUCACCUACCUCACCCUGGAAAAGUACAUCUGCAUCGUCUACCCCUUCCGGUAUUUAACGCCGGGCCGCCGGCGCACCGUCUCUAUUCUCCUCAGCAUCUGGUUCAUUGGCUUUGUCAUCGCUUUUCUGCCCUUGGUCUUCAAAGGACUGUUCCGGAACUUCUAUGGUACUAACGGCGUGUGCUUUCCGUUACACUCGGAACAGCCCGAGACGAUGGGGGCACAGGUGUACUCCAUCGUCAUCUUCCUCGGUCUUAACCUGGUUGCGUUCCUCAUUAUCGUGUUGUCCUAUGGGAGCAUGUUCUACAACAUCCAGAGGACAGGGACACAGACGACAAAAUAUAGUAACCAUAUCAAGAAGGAAGUGACCAUAGCCAAGCGGUUCUUUUCCAUCGUCAUCACAGACUCUCUUUGCUGGAUACCGAUCUUUGUCCUCAAGAUUCUAUCGCUGUUGCAUGUGGAGAUUCCAGGAACCAUCAGCUCCUGGGUGGUGAUAUUCAUCCUGCCUAUCAACAGCGCCCUGAACCCAAUCCUGUACACCCUGACGACGCGGCCCUUCAAAGAGACCCUCCUGCAGGUGUGGGCGAACUACAGGCAGCGCCGGCCCCUGAUGAGCAGCCACCCAGCCCACCAUCCUUCCUUCACGCUGCAGGAGAUGUGGCCCCUCCAAGAGAACAGCCCAACACUGACUCCCCCCGGGGACUACCCGGUGCAGCCCCCCCCCUCACAAAUGACUUGUCCGAUUGCCUACAUGUCCGGCACGUCAAACCUUCUGCCCGUGGAGAGGGCAAAUGGAGUGUAAUGCCCUUUCGGGAUCAACGAUAUGCCCCAGUACUUGGGCUUUUUCUUUUGUUGUCAUGCAGACGUUUCAUGUGAAUAGCGUAUUUACAGCAUGCUGACGGUUGUGGAGUCGAUUGCCGUACAUAAGACACGUUGGACUGUGUGUCCUUCUCCCCUGCCGAGGCUUAGACUGUGUUUUUUUCAUGCCUUCAUUUGGCUGUUAGGAUUGACACAAUUACUCCUUCUAUGAUUUAUGGUAGUAAAAGACAAACAAAUCACUCUUUCUAGUUCAUUGCUUCAGGUGUAUACAUUAUUGUGUAGAACAACUUGAUCACCGUCAUCCUCUGCUCUGCACUGUGUUUAUAGUUUUGAUGUUUUUGCUUUUGUCUCUGAAAUAAUUAUUUGAUGGUCUAUGUUAGGAGCAGUGAAACUGCUGACAGAUUUAUGUAUCAGCAAAUGAGACACGCUUGUGGCAUUUGCCAUUUAAAAAAGGGCAGUUGAUUUGGGGUUUCUGACCAUCUUUGAUAACCACAUUUCUUUCACCAAAAGGCAGUUCAUAAGUCCUCACUGCUACAUUUUGACUUGAAUUGCCUCUUUGUAAGGAAGGAUGUGUCAUGAACUUUAUUUUCACUCAUCUCCCACAUUUCACAAUUACAGUCCCAUCCAUAAUAAUUGGCAACAUUAAUAAAGAUAAACUAAAAUGGCUGUGUAAAAUAAACAUGUAGAAUGAGCUAUAUUGUUAUUUUCAAAUAUGCAUGUAUUGUACUUUAAUAAUUAAUUUAAGG